CCUUCGAAAGCCGGCGGCACGCGGCUCCAAACGGCACGAGGACUCCGUGGUCGGUCUUCCACUUCUAGUGUAUGACCAGUUUCUUACUCGAGUUAAUCGAAGCGGGACAUUGUGGAGCAUUCUCCGGAGUCUCGACCACGUUGCAUGUACGCGAUCGUCUGCUGUGCGCGACAUUCUUGCGACUCGUACAUUUUUUCGGUUAUAUUUAAUCAAUUCUAUAUAAACUUCGCUACAGACUAACGAAUAUAGCAGACUUCCGUGAUUUUAUUCUUCCUUUAUUCAAUUUAUUGAUUUUCUCUAGAGGAUAUUCCCAAAAAACAAAUCCACAAAUCCAUAGAGAGAAGUACCUUCCAGUUUCUGAUGAGAAACAUCAUUCAACUUCCAAUAUUACAUAUAUAGGGCCAUGAGACUCAACGGCCACAUAGACGGGAUGGAUUGAGAUCGUGCAAUCAUGCAUAACGUACAGACUCUUCGGACGACAUACCCACAUCUGUUCUUCUAUAUGCUGUUUAUAUUUCAGUUUUACGAUGUGGUCUGCGCUUUUGAACCGGAUUUCCUGUACCCUCUGGAGAAUUUGACAGUAGCACAGGGCCGUGACGCAACCUUUACAUGUGUCGUCAACAAUCUGGGGGGAUAUAGGGUCGCUUGGAUAAAGGCUGAUACGAAGGCAAUAUUAGCUAUACACGAGCACGUUAUUACCAACAACGCACGAUUAUCUGUUACACACAACGACUUCAACACAUGGACAUUGAAUAUACGGGGUGUUAAGAGAGAAGACAGGGGACAAUAUAUGUGUCAAGUCAACACAGAUCCCAUGAAGAUGCAGACUGCAUUCUUAGAAGUCGUCAUACCUCCAGACAUCAUCUCCGAAGAAACUUCUGGUGAUAUGAUGGUACCAGAAGGAGGUUCAGCAAAACUAACCUGUAAAGCUAGAGGACAUCCUAAACCUCGCGUAGUGUGGAAACGAGAAGAUGGAGGAGCCAUUGUAGCUCGAACUGGGCUUAGCAAUAAAAUUGAAAGAGUAACGUCGGUUGAAGGAGAAACUCUCAUCCUUACAAAAGUGACAAGAUCUGAAAUGGGUGCCUAUUUAUGUAUAGCAGCUAAUGGAGUACCUCCAUCAGUUAGUAAAAGGCUGAUGCUCCAUGUACAUUUUCACCCGUUGAUUCAAGUUCGAAAUCAGUUAGUAGGAGCUCCUGUAAACACGGAUGUUACUCUACAGUGUCACGUCGAGGCGUCCCCAAAGGCAAUCAACUACUGGACUAGAGAGACUGGUGAAAUGAUCAUAUCAAACGAAAAAUAUUUCAUGACCGAAAUAAAUAAUUCAUAUUACAGUGUGCAAAUGAAACUAAUUAUUACAAGAAUCCACAAGGGCGAUCUCGGUGGAUAUAAAUGUAUAUCAAAAAAUUCCAUAGGAGAUGCCGAGGGCAAUAUUAGACUUUAUGAAGUAGAAAUACCACAACUCGUAGAAAUCUCCGAAGAAACUCAAGAAACUUCAGGGGAACCAGACGAAGAUAGCACAGAAAAUACAGGAAAAAGGCUCUACAAUGGUUUUCAAGGACCUUACAGUGAAAACGAACAGAAUAAUUUACCCCUAAACAUCAGUUCUACUUGUUCUUUCUCGAAAUUCCACAGUCUAUAUCCUGUUCUACUGAUAUUACUUCAAAUAUAUUAAGAGAGCGAAUGUCAGUUUCUAGAAGAAAUACAUUUUGUUUCCGAUUCAAUUAUCCCAAAAAUAAAAAACAAUACAUUUUAUCAAAAUUCAAUCAAAAAGCAGUUGAAUAAAAACAAUGAUUAUUCAAAUAGGGAUCAUUGACUUUUUGAAACAAGUUGUAUUGCAUUUAUGAUAGCAGUGCGAGGACACAUUGUAUAAUUAUGUGAUAUGUGCCAAAUCUACAUGUGCUUUCGCUACUACCUAUUAAGCUGUGUGUUAUAUCGUACCUUGCAUUAAAAAGUUAAAUGAAUCAUAAUACCCAAAUACACUUCUUUUGUAUUGAUAUUGCUUAAAUCUGAACAACACUCAAACUUCAUAAUUUUUCAAGCCGAAACUUUAUACUCGAUAAGAAAAUAAAAUUAAUAUUAGUACUGAAAAUUAUAUUCACCAAAUCAUGGCAAAGUAAGUAAUUUCCAUAGUCAUCAAGUUAUGUUUAUUCAAAAUAGAUAAAUCCAAAACGAGUCAAUAAAUACCUACCUCUUGUCCGAUCGCCGCCACUGUGCGCUAGCUGACAGAAACAAUAGACAAAAGCUGGCUGGCCAAUUAUUUCCUCAAUUGAUAAUGAAUAUAUUAAGAACUGCUUCGCUGUGUUCUUCUCUUUAUAUUUAUACUCUGUGUUUUCAUUAUUGUUCACACUGUAUCGUUAUUAACCUAACUAUUUCUUUUACUUCACUUUCCAGUCGGACAUGUUUUCGAAAAUAACCGUCUACUCUCACACCCAGUAAAUAGCGACAGUACAUAGGAGCCGGAAAUAUUUCUCACAAUCUUUAAAUAUAUUUUCUUAAUAUUUAUGUUAUUAUAUUCGACAAUAUUUAUCAGUUUGGUGUUAGUAUUGUGAUGAUUGAUUUUGAAUUGAAUAUUUAGAAAGUUUUACUAAAGAAUUAACAAUUACCUAUCUGUUUAUCUUCAGCAUUAUUGUUCCGAGAUUAAAUCAAAAGAUACUAAUGUAAAAGUAUUUAGCUUUUAGAACCAACUAAAAAAUAGUUACUAGCUAAAAAUAGAUUAUUCAUGCAUGGCAACACUAUUAUGAUCUAACAUAUUGAAUUAGUAGCACUCUCAAGGUGUUUCUCGGCUAGAAGGUACUUGGGAGCAAAAGACAUCUACAGAGAACUUUAACAGAAAAUACAAAACAACAACUACUGACACUGACUGGUAAAUUUAAAACUCAGCGAACACAAGAUUCUCAACUAACCACUCACAUUGCUCUGUCAUAACACCAGGAAAUUAAAAGUUACACGCCUCGUUUUCCCUUGAAAUUGAUCGUUUCCUUUUAAAAUAUUGGAAAACUUAUUAAAUAUUGACUUGUACACAAUCAGCAAAAUUUUUUAAUGUAAGUGUACCUUAUCCUGUAUAAAAAUAGUAUAGCAAAAUAAAUAAAUGUGAAAAUAUGUUGCUAAUAGUCGCCUGAAUAUAUCGUUUUGAGUCGUAAAUUUAUUUGUAUCCUUUACUAGUUGAAUUUAGUCAUUUAUCGAAUUAUUAAUAUAAUUUCAAUAUAACAUAAAAUGUUUAUAUUUGAGCUAAAUAAAUUGUUUGAAAGUAC